CUGCUGCCGUCGUAACCAGUCCGGUGGUCGAGGUCGCGGCUGUGUUUAUUCGGUAGCCUUAGUGGCUAUGGGGAGCUUGUUGCAGUUUAUGAAGCUGGUGGGCCAGCUGAAGAGAGUACCACGAACAGGCUGGGUAUACAGAAAGAUACCCAAUCCAGAGAGUGUCUCAGAUCAUAUGUACAGGAUGGCAAUCAUGGCUAUGGUAACUAAAGAUAAAGCACUUAAUAAAGACAGAUGCAUACGACUAGCUCUAGUUCAUGAUAUGGCUGAAUGCAUUGUCGGUGACAUUGCUCCUGCCGACAACAUUUCCAAAGAGGAGAAACACAGACAAGAAGAUGAAGCUAUGAAACAUUUGACCCAAUUGCUGUCAGAGGAUUUGAAAAAAGAAAUUUAUGAACUGUGGGAAGAAUAUGAACUCCAGUCUAGUGCAGAAGCAAGAUUUGUGAAAGAGUUAGACCAAUGCGAGAUGAUACUUCAAGCCUUAGAGUAUGAAGACUUAGAGAAAAAACCUGGAAAACUUCAAGACUUUUAUGACUCAACUGCAGGAAAAUUUAGUCACCCAGAAAUAGUUCAGCUUGUGGCUUCCAUAAAUACAGAAAGAAAUACAAAAAUAGCUGCAGCAAACAAUGAUCCUCCAUCUUGAAUCACCUCCAAAAUGUGCUUAACUGUAUCUAAAAUAAAUUAUUUUAUGAUCCCUGAA